UUUGCUCGGGGCGGGGGGAGGCGCUGACAGCCGGCGGGGAUGGAGGCGCUGUGGGCGGCGGGGGGGCUCCUGCUGGCCCUCUCCCUCCUGGCCUUCGUGCUGUACUGCUGCUACGUGAAGUACAUCCACCUCAAGUACGACCACAUCCCCAGCGCCCCGCGGGAGAGCUUUUUACUUGGACACCUGCCGAUCCUAUGGAGAAUGCUGAGGAAACAGGAGUUUACACCGGAUCUCUUCCUGGAGUGGGCAGAGAAAUAUGGACCUGUUGUACGUUUUAAUGCCUUUCACAGAGUCUCACUAUUGAUUACAAGCCCUGAAGGAGUGAAGGAGUUCCUGAUGUCACCGCAGUACCCAAAGGACCCAAUGGUGUAUGGUACUCUCUUCAGCCUAUUUGGUGAGAGGUUCCUAGGGAAUGGCUUGGUAACCGUUUGCAACCAUGAGCAUUGGCACAAGCAGCGGAGGAUAAUGGAUCCAGCUUUCAGCCGAAGCUACCUGAUUGGUCUGAUGGAUACUUUUAAUGAAAAAGCAGAGGAGCUGAUGGAGAAGCUAGAGGAAAAGGCAGAUGGAAAAACAGAAUUUAGCAUGCUGUCGAUGAUGAGCCGGGUGACUAUGGAUAUCAUUGGAAAGGUAGCCUUUGGCCUGGAAUUAAAUGCACUGACUGAUGACCAGACGCCUUUACCAAACGCUGUGACAAAGGUUUUGGAGGGUCUGACCCAGGCACGCCUCCCCUUCAUACGGUACAUGCCAGGGCAUCAGAAGCUGGUAAARGAGGCCAAGGAGAGUGUGAGGCUGUUGCGGCGUGUGGGGAAGGAGUGCCUUGACCGGAGGAGAGAAGCCAUGCAGAAUGGGAAAGAAGCCACACUGGAUAUUCUUACACAGAUACUGAAAGGAGUUGCUCUGGAAGAAACUAGAGAUGAUGAAAACAUUCUGGAUAACUUUAUCACUUUCUUUGUGGCAGGUCAUGAAACCAGUGCCAAUCAGAUGACAUUUACAGUAAUGGCACUGGGUCAGCAUCCUGAAAUUCUGGAAAGGGCUCAGGCUGAAGUAGAUGAGGUUCUUGGUGCCAAGAGAGACGUUGACUAUGAGGAUCUUGGCAAACUCACCUACUUAUCACAGGUUUUGAAGGAGUCGCUGCGGCUGUACCCGCCUGCCUCGGGGACGCUCCGCCGGGUGCAGAAGGAGCUCACCAUCGAAGGCAUCAGAAUUCCUGCAGACUCCACGGUCCUGCUCAGCACUUAUAUAAUGGGAAGGAUGGAAAAGUUUUUCAAGGAUCCACUUACUUUCGAUCCAGAUCGAUUCAGCAAAGAUGCACCUAAGCCAUAUUAUUGUUAUUUUCCAUUCUCCCUGGGACCCCGAUCCUGCAUCGGGCAGGUGUUUGCACAGAUGGAGGUAAAAGUGGUGAUGGCAAAGCUGCUGCAGAGGUUUGAAUUCCAGCUGGUGCCGGGACAGAGUUUUAAACUCGUGGAGGCUGGAACCUUUAGGCCACUAGAUGGAGUAAUCUGUAAAUUAAAGCCAAGGAGUUCUGCAAGAAGCAGCCAGGCGUGACUAUUCGGGGAGGGGAGCGUGUCAUGCUAGUAGUAGUGUUUCUUCUGAUUUUGAAGAUCUUGGCMCUAAUCAAAGGUUAGAUUUUGCAGAUCCCUUUAGAGGAUUACUAGACUGAAAUYCUUUCUAACCUUCCUCAUCAUUUGCUGAAGAAAAUCUUAGGAGAAUCAUUCUACUGAACAUCUUCAGUCUGGAAGUAUGCCUGGAAUUGCCAAGCUUGUUAUUUUCCUGGGGAACUGUUUGAUUCUGACUAGACUUGGAAAAGAACAUCCUUUCACUGGAGUAUCCCUGGUGCUCCAUACAAGCCUACACUCUAAUCCCAGCUCACAGUUCCCCCCAAGCUUACUUACAACACAACAUGGUCUAAGUAAGCCUUUGUUUGGGGAGUUUCCUACUUACAUAAUGAAAUCAGAAAGUAGUAGAGCAUAGAUUUGGGCUGAAUUUAGGAACAGAUGUUUGGAGAUAGUCUCUUGGUCAAAGCAWUUUUUCUAUCCCUGCUCCAAAUGUGAAGAACAAUUGAUAGGAACAAUAUGAAAAAACAAUCAGAGUCUGAGGCCAUAUUUUCUCCUGUUCCUACUGCCUGAUUUUUCUUCAGUCUCUUCUGCUUUUCUUCUGAUAUUGUGCAAAACAUAGAUUCCCAGUCCACACUGUAAAAAGGGAUUCUUCUUCCUCCUACCCCUCCACACAGCCCUGCUCAUUCUGAGACACUGCUCUUUGGUGGGAAGAGUCUUGCUGCAUUUCUUUUAACCUGGAUCAUUUUUCCCCAUCUUUUUUACCACAAAGCUACAGUAACRCUUAGAAAUGGUCUAGUAGAUACAGGAGGGGUGGAAAUAAGUGCCUGAACUAAAUGCUGCUUAAAAUGGUGUUGCCGCUGAAGAAAUGUGUCUGCAAUUUCAGCCAGAGAUAGGAAAAGGAAAGUCCUGCACCUCCUUCUUCUGCUCACGGCAUGUAGGCUUGCAGCCAGGCUCUGGUAGGGAGAAAAACUAUCAUUUGAAAAUGUUGCCUUCCAGAAAUACAUGGAUAAUUAAUAGGAGUUUGGACCUCCUCUAUCAUGAAAUACAGAGAAUUAAAGACAUUUGAUGCUGCCACUUUUGUUUCUCAUCUGUUUGAAUGAAAAGGGCAAGAACACAGUCUGUACUCUGUCAGGUUCCCAUAGUGGUUUCCAUACUAGGACAGUAACACCCCAAAGCUUUACCUGAUUCUGCUCUUUUUAUGCACCAUCUCAUUCAGUGCAGCAGUGGGAUAGCAGGCCCAGAACGUUGRUGCUGCUUUUGAUAACACAAUCAGCAUCUUACAGUGUACUAAUAUGACUUGUACCUGGGGUGCCAAUGCCUCUAUUGUAAGGGAAGGUUUAGUCCGUCUGUCAGUAGACUAGCUCUUCAAGACCUGGUGCUGGAAAUCUGAUUCUAUCCUCCUAUACAUUAAUAAAAUCUCAUUGGGAAGACUGAGGCCUCUUCARCUGGACAUGUGUUCCCAGGAGCUGCUGUAGGAGGGAGCAGGGUGUUCUGUGCCAGUCAGGGUGGAUGUCCUGGCGCCAUAACAAAUGGCUGAAUCCUGAGAACAUGUCAAAGGCAGGRCAGUAUCUGGGUGCUGUGGAGAGUGGUGGGGGGAGCUCUGUUGGGAGUGGCA